GCCGUGUGAAAUAUCGAAAGCCCCUACUGCUCUCUGCACUACUACAGUACUGUACAGUGUGGACGCACACACGCACACAUUUGCACACCACAGUACACACGAUUAUGCGCGUCCGCAAACUCUAACGCGAGUACAUACAUAAGAGAAAGAGAGAGAACGCGAAAUAGAGGGAGGGAGAGAGAGAGAGCGACGAAUCUGUGGAUAUGGCGUUGUUGCUUGCUGCUGAUACUGCUGUGCUGUGUUGCUAGUAUACUGCCAGCGAUACAAUUUUCGCUAUAUACUAGUCGUUCGCGUCGUACAAAAAGCCAAGGCGACAAUUUUCCCAAUUUCGCACGUUGGGAAAUCCGAUCGAUCGUUCACCCGCGCUUACAAACGGAGUCGGUCGGUCGGUUGUGUCCGCUGCACGCAUAGCAUAGCAGCACGAUUCUCGGCGGUGCUGAUUGCUGAAAUAAGAUGAGCGUAACGUAUCGUCGCGAACGACGACGACUACGGACUUGAUGGUUGCCCACCGAGUUGGCGAUACAGUAUGUGCUCUGUGUAUAUUCGAUCACGAACUUUGUUGACGCGUUAUCGCCCUGCUGCGACGAUACUGUUUACAUGCCUCGGAUUAUAUAGGUGAUUUUUAUAUGUACACGCUCGACGCAAGACCGGAGAGGCUCGUUAGCCGUUUUUGACUUAUCUCUCGUGCCGAGACUGGCCCCAACAACGACAAGUGCUUGACACGCAAGGUUUACAAGUGCUUUUAAAGCAGAAAACUAGUAUCCAAUAGUGCUUUCUUUCCAUUGAAAGAAUGGAAUGCAGUGCAUCAAAUGUAAAAAAUUGUAAAAGAUGGAAGAAUUUUAUCACUACCAGGUGAUAUAGAGUGUCUUUAGCAUUGAAGAUUUUACACAAUUAGUUAGUAAUUAAUAUUUACCUAGGUAAUGAUAUAUACAAAUUGUCCACGAUAAAAUGAUGGGAAUGGUGUACGAAAAGAGGCCUUUAAAAAGGCCCAGGCUUGGCCCGCCUGAUGUUUACCCACAAGAGCCAAAACAAAAGGAAGAUGAGUUGACUCCAAAUAAUGUAAAACAUGGAUUCACGACUACAUCUCAAUUAUCCGAUGAACAUGGCUCUGCUAGAAAUUUACCUGUCACGGCGGCCAAAAUUGGAGCUUUCUUCAAUGCCAUUAUGGCAAAAAAGGAAGAACUGGCCACUAUGCCUGAUACUGGAAGAAAAAGACAACAAAUAAAUCCUAAAGAUAAUUUUUGGCCGGUAACUGCUAGAACUAAAAAUGGUAUUGAGGCUUGGUUCAAGGACUUGUCAGGUUGUAAGCCUUUAGUAUCGCUGGCUAAAAAGGCCCCUAACUUCAAUAAAAAAGAAGAUAUAUUUUCUAUGCUGUGCGAAUACCAAGUGCCCAUGCUUAGGGCAGCUUGGUUUAUAAAACUCAGUUCUGCUUAUACAGUGGCAGUGUCUGAAGCAAAAAUCAAAAAGAGGCAGUUACCAGAUCCUACUACAGAAUGGACUGGUACUCUUAUAAAGUUCCUGAAAGAUCAACUAACAAAACUUCAUGACUAUUACCUACUCAAUACUGGAUCAAAUCAUGGAAGCAGUGCUAUUUCUAAUGGUAGUAAUGCACCUUCACUACCAACUUCAAAUGGCACUACUCCCACUUCAAAUGGUAUCAGUGGUUGUCCCAACCUUCCCACUAAUGUUAAUAGUAGUACAUCCAAUUCAAGUAGUGGAUCAAUGAGUGAAGAACACCAACUGGCAUUUAGGCAAUGGCACUAUUGUAAUCAAUUAGCUAAGUACAUGUUUGAGGAAGGAUUACUCGAUAGGCAAGAGUUUUUAAGUUGGAUACUUGAACUCUUGGAUAAACUACGUUCUGCCCCUACUGAUGAUGGUAUUCUAAAGCUCCUCAUACCAUUGACUCUUCAGUACAUUGAAGAAUUUGUCCAAUCGGAGUUGUUUUCUCGGCGUUUAGCUUAUCUUUGCUGCCGUAAAAUUGCUCACAUGUGCGUUAACGUAGACACGGUAAACUGUCAAACUGCAACGCAAAGUCCUGUGCUAAAUAGCAACGUAAAUGUUAAAAAUGAAAAUGGUGUAAAAUCAGAAAGUCAAGCUAACGCUGCGACCCCCAUAUCCAGUCAGUUACAACAAGUUUUUAAUGAUUAUUUAAACUGCCCACAUCACCGCGAUGUACUUUAUGGCUUAUCCGCUAUAAUUCAGGUAAUAACGAUCGAAUGUCCAACCGCGCUAGUUUGGAAUAACGUUGGUGAGAGCAAAUGCACUUCCGCAUUGAAUGGCUCGCCUCUCGAUCACUUGCCGUGUCCCCCGUCGGUUUUGCCAAUUCCAUCGAGCAAUCCUGCGGAUCCGAUAAGACAGCAACUCACUCAAGCUCAGGAGAGAAUUCGAGCGAGAUCUCAAGCUGCCGAGAGCCGCUGGUCAUGCGAUAAAUGGCAACAAAGCAGCGCUGGAAUGACAACGACGAAGAUCCUCGCGACACUGGAUUCCCUCGACCGUCAUAGCUUUGAUCGCAUGGACGCGAAUCACUCGCUCGACACAUUGUACGCAAAGAUUUUCACGACACCGACGAAUGCCCCACCUCCCGCAACGUCGUCUCCACCGAUGAGUCUGGUACUCCCGUCAUCUUCGUCAGCAUCAGCGAACGCUCACAGUAAUAGCAUUGCCAGUAGCAACAGUAGCAACGAUAACGGCAAUAAUUCGAAGCACGAGUAUUCGCCGCAGCAAGACGCGGCUAUAGUGGAGAUCUUGUGCGAAUGGGCUGUGAGCGCCGAACGCUGGGGUGAACAUCGGGCCAUGGCCGUGGCCAAACUCCUGGAGAAACGUCAAGCCGAAGCCACGGGUGAGAACAACGACAACGAGGACAAGGAGAGCGUCUGCAGCAACGGCAACGGUGCCUCCUUGUUGCCGAUAUUCCAGGGGUUGCUGAUGAAAUUUUUAGACAACGACGCGCCUGUUCUCGACAAUUCGUCCGUCCAGAGCAAGGUGCAGUUCACGAACCUGGUCCAUCUGUUCGCCGAGCUCAUCAGGCACGACGUUUUCUCGCACGACGCCUACAUGUGCACCCUCAUAUCUCGGGGCGAUCUCAUGCAGGGCCCGGCGGCCAGCAAGCCCAACACGCCGAGCAAUCGCGAUCCCAUGGACGCCGACAUGAACGGCAUGUUUUCCGGCAUCGAUAUGAAACCGAGCAAGCUCGUCGAGCCUCACGGGGUGCCGCAUCUCGACCAGAUGCGCGGUGCCCACGAGGACGACAGCAAAAUCGACGACGACCUCGACAAGCUGCUGCGCGACAUCAACACCGUGCACCAGAACAGCAUGGACGCGCCGGACAGUCCCAAGGAUCCCGACGCGCUGCACACCGUGCAGGACACCAGCACGAACAAGAGCAGCAUGAGCGGGGGCAGCCGACACCUGCUCUACACCACGCACUUCCCGCUACCACAGGACGACAGCACGAGCCAACACGACUGCAAUCAGCGUCACGUACUUCUUUACGGUGUCGGCCGAGUUCGCGACGAGGCGCGUCACCUUGUGAAAAAAAUGACCAAGGAGGUAUGCAAGCUCUUCGGCAAGAAGUUCAGCAUCGAUGUGGCCGAGGGCGGCAAAGUGAAGAAGCACUCGCGCAGCGAGUUCAACUUCGAGGCGAUCACGCAGAAGUUCCAGAAUCUCAGCUACUUCGAUCAGCACGUCGUCACGUGGCAGUGCGCCACUCAAGUCGUGGACAUGCUCAACACCUUCGUAACGGGCUCGUCGUAUCUGCCCGUCCAAGAGCACGUCGCGUUUCUCUUCGAUCUGAUGGAGUUAUCAUUGAGCAUCAACGCGCUCAUCGACAUCAGCAUUCAGAUACUGAAGGAGUUGCCCGACGUCGAGGCUCAGCUCGACGCUCGCAAGAGCAACCUUGUGCGAAACUACACGACCAAUCUGUGCCUGUACAUCGUCGGCGUUUUCAGGCGUUAUCACAGCUGCCUGCUGCUGUCCCCGGAGCAGGCAACCACCGUCUUCAGUUUGCUCUGCAAGCUGGUGGCUCACGUGUCUAAUCCGAGCGACUGCAGCUCGUCCGAGCGAUGCAUACUGGCGUAUCUGCACGAUCUUUAUCUGCACUGCUCUCUGCUCAAGUCUAAGCCUCACAGCUCGGAGGGAUUCAACAACGCCUAUCCCAAGAUCCGAGCCGUGUACUUCACGUCGCUCGUGCUGGUGCCGACGCAACAACUCUACACCCCUCAAUUCAUGCUGGACGUGGUGAACAAUCCGCGUCGGGGCGGCAAGAUCGAGCUCCAGUGGGCCAAGGUGCUCAACGAGUCGCUGCCCAAUCGCUACAGCUUCGUCACCAACACCAUCAUCAGUAUCUGCAACGAGACGGACAACGACAAGCUCAACGAUCUGUGCAUCAUGUGCGCCGAGCUCACCUCCUACUGCGGCGCCCUGGCCAACGAGUGGCUCUGCGCCAUCGCCACCAUGUGCGCCGCGCAUCCCGCUCACACCCUCUCCUACGUCGAUCUGCUCCAACUGGUCGACGUUCAAGAUCUCAGCAUGCACAAUUCGCUGGGCGUGUUCACAUGCAUACUCAUCGCCCGACAAUGUUUCUUGCUCGAGGAUUUCAUCCGUUACAUCGCCAUACCGUCGUUGGUAAAGGCAUGCAACAACGACGCCCGAGAGCUCGACAUCGAGAUACAGGCCGGCGUGCGACUGGCUAUUCAUCUGAUACUACGCCUCUUCAAGACCUCCGAAUGUCCUCAACCUUCACUCUAUUCGGUCAGCACUAGUCCGCAUCCUUUACCCAGCCAAGGAAGUCAGCGUAACAUCAGUAUCAAGCUCAGCUCCGACAGGCAUCUGUUGGCCUCGGCUCACAACAACAUCAGCGUUGGGCCGUUGAUCGCAGUGCUCAAGGCCAUCCUGGUUGUUGGCGAUGCCACGGCUGUCAAGCAGCUUACCAAAAAGCCCGACGCGCAGAUGAACAUCGGUAAAGGAGGACCCAACAGCGUGGGCGGAGGAGCACCCGGUGAAUUAUCCAUAAGCCACAUUCUGGGCACCAGUGACAUACUCAGCGGUGGCGACGAUCUCAAUCUUGACCUGGGCAUGUCGUCGUCGAGCAACGGCACCGGCAUGUCCAACGAGACCGUCAAGAGCUUGUCGGACUUUGCUCUUUACGUUUUACGUCAGAUAUGCAGCCAGGAGUGGGUGUUAGAGCGGUGUUUGCAGAAUCCCGAGGAGCUCUGCCAAGACGAUAUGCUGCUCGAUGCCCUGCUGACGCCCCGACAAGCUCAACGUUUACUGCACAUGAUCUGCUAUCCGGACACGUCCGCCGACGCUUUUCUCGACCAGAAAACCCACAUAACUAAUAUCCUGGAAAAUUUGGAGCAAUGGAGUUUGCGCAUGUCCUGGUUGGAUCUUCAACUCAUGUACCGGCAAUUUCCACCCAACAGUAUAGAAUUGUCAAAUUGGCUGGACACCGUGGCCAAGGCGGCGAUCGACGUUUUCCAACUGAACAGCACCUCGAUCAGUGCGAAAGCAGAAAAGCGCCCGGACUCCAUAUGGCUGGUGGCACCGCUGGUAUCGAAAUUACCCAGCGCUGUGCAGGGCAGAGUUCUCAAAGUGGCCGGUCAGGUGCUGGAAGCCGGCAACUGGGCGAAGAGCACCGGCCGCGAGAGACGAUCCAAGAGCCCGUCGAUGUUCAAUCAUCAGCCGUUCCUGUCGCUCGUCUUGACCUGCCUGAAGGGCCAGGACGAUCAGCGCGAGGGGCUGCUCACCUCCCUGCACCUGCAGCUCUCGCAAUUCUGCACGGCCAGCAAGGACGAGAAGUCGUCGAGCUGCGAGGAGCCCAAGGCACGCGAGAGCCUGCAGGACGCGCUGCAGCUGCGCUUCAGUCUGGUCGGCGGGGUCUUCGACACGAUACAGCGCAACAUCACCGUAACGAACGACUGGGCCCUGCUGUUCGUCCAGCUGGUCAGUUACGGUGUGAUCGAUCUCAACAACAACGCCGAGCUGUUCACCACCGUGAUCGACAUGCUCAGCAACUUGAUACAUUCCACUCUGGUCUCGGACACGCAGUGCGAGAAGGACGAGAACAAAAAGUAUUAUCAGAACCUCAUGAAGAAGCUGAAGAAGGAGCUGGGCGACAAGAACUCGCAGAGCAUACAGUUCGUCCGGCAGCUGUUGCCCCUGCCCAAGGUCACGAUGGAGGUCAUUACUUGCGAGCAAGUUGGCUGCAUCACCGACACCAAGGGCAACAAGAUCGCCGGCUUCAACAGUAUCGACAAGAAGCAGGGACUACAAGUCUAUAACUCGCAAAGAAUUUCUGCCUGGGAGUUGCUUGAGGGUCAUAAGAAUCCGGCUCCCUUGUCGUGGGCUUGGUUCCGUGCGGUCAGAUUGGAGCGCAAACCGCUGACCUAUCAGAACGCCCACAAGCUCUUACGCUUCCACACGCACAAUCAGACCCGCUCGGCGUCGUAUUAUCUGGAGUCGCCGCCCCUGCCACCCGAGGAUCUCGAACCCGACAAGAAAGAUCUGGAGCCUGGCAAGGCCGACACCCCGAUGAGUAUCGAUUCGCCCGGCAGAAUCAUUGGCGGCAAAGGAAAAACGUUGAAGACGAAAAGGCAUAAGAAGCCCAAGCUCGCUACUCCGGCGAAUCCGAUGCAGCCGCAACAGCAGAUGCAACCUCAGCCUCAACCGAAUCCCUCGCAGAUGCACCCGAUACCGUACGGCGGUCAGCAGCCCCAGUCCAUGCCCCAACAACCGGGCAUGUUCCCGAAUCAACCUCAGCCGCAACCGCAGCCCCAGCCGCAGAAUCCUCAGCAGUGGUAUACGAAUACUCAGCAGGCGCCUCAUCCGCAGGGGCCGCCCCAGCAGUAUCCCUACAGCCCGAACAUGGGUGGGCCGCGCUACGAUCGGCCCGGAGCAAUGAAUCAAUCGCAGUCCAAGCAGGCUCUGACCAAUAUGCUGCGACUCCGGCAUCCGUUCAUGAACCAACAGCAGGGUGGACCCGUGCAAGCUCCUCCCAAUGCGGCUCCUCCGAAUGUCACGGGGCCCGCCGCUUUUCAGGGUAUGCGGAAUCAGUAUAUUAGGCAGCAACACUUAGGCAGAAAUACUCACACCGGGCCACCUGGUAUGCAGCCCCAGCAGCAAGCCAUGUUCGCUCCGCAACAACAGCAGCAACAGCCUCAACCGCAGCAGCAGCAGAACGUCUAUCAGGGUAUGCAGCAGGGAAUGAAUCAAAAUUACACAGGCUACGGUGGACAGCAGAUGCUGGCACAGCAGCAACAACCUCAACAACAGCAGCAACAGCAACAGCAGAAUAUGAUGGCUCAGCAGGCCAACAUGUUCCAGAACCAGCAACAAAUGAUGAAUGCACAGACACAGCAGCAACAGAUGAUGAACGCACAGAGUCAGCAGCAGCAAUUAAUGAGCUCUCAGCGAGGUCAAGAGUACAUGCAGCAACAGCGAAUGCAGCCUGGAGCGCCAAGACCACCAUACAUGCAGCAGGCGCCUAAUGUAACGAUGAAUACGAUGGGUCCAAUGGGCGGAGGCGUUCCGAAUCAACCAGCCCCACCAUACAGACAAGCGGCUGGUCAACCUGGAGUUGGAGUCGGCAAUGUUGGCGGCGUUGGGGGAGUCGGACAGGCUAAUGUGGGUCUUCAACCAAAUCAACACAUGCAACCGGAUCCUGCUCUACGUAUUAUUAAAGAUCGUCACUAUCGUCGUCUAUAUAAUAACUUUAUGCCUCAUUUAUCACCAAAUAAGCAGCAAAUGGCCAUGAAUCAGCAGCAGCGAAUGCGGGCAAUAAUGGCGAUGCAGCAGCAGCAACAACAGCAGCAGCAACAGCAAGUGCAGCAACAGCAAGCCGGCAAUGUUGGACAGCAAACGACCUCGCAGCUCGUUGCACAUUUGCAGCGAAGCAUGAAUCAACCGCCGCAGCAUCCUUAUCAGCAGCAUCCACCGCCUUAUUAAAAAGAAGAUUUGUGUACUUUAAUCUCGUUUAACGACUAAAAGACUAGUGUGCGAAAACAAGUGCGCGAGCCUUCAAAUUAAGACUUGAAUGUAAUUUUAAAAUGACGAAUGUAUGUUUUUAGGUAAAAUGAUUGAAUAUGAGACUAAUUAUAGGGUUGGUUCAGUAUUUUAUUGAUGCAUAAAAUACUUCAGUUAUGUGUAAAAUUUAUACUACACAAAACGAUGAUCCAAUAGGGAAAAACAGAAAAUCAUGUAAUAAAAAAUUAUAUGCAAUCGAACGUUUCGAUUUUGUAAAAUGUUAUGACUUAAAUUGAAUGUAUGUGUGAUUAUAUUGUAUGAUAUAUAACGCAAGUUAGCUAAUGAAGGUUAUAACUUUUUAAUACAGACAUAAGUACGCGGUACGGAUUAGGGCUUCGACUCUUUGUAAAUGUUUUAUUAUCCAAUGAUGAAUUUUUAAGCUGUAAAUUAUUUUUUAAAAACGACGUAGAAACAUUUUUGCAUAUAAUUCAUAUUUGUUAUAUAACAUUGAAUUAUAUUUAUUUUAUGCAAAAUAACUGUCAAAUAGGCACUAGAUGGUAAUCACAAUAAAUUAAUGCAACGAUGUUAAUCAGUAUAAGAAAAUA